GCAAGACUGGACCCAAAGCAUUCUGAAAAUGUGGAGGUUUUGAUUGGAGUGCGAUCGGAGGGCACUGUUGGGGCGGCACCAGGGCAGUCCCCGCUCCCCUCGCCUGGGGACAUGUGACAUUUCAGGAGGUGGCAGCCCGGAGGAGAUUCCUGGGGAAGCGGGGAAAGGUCAACACCCCCACUCCCGACGAUGGGCGCAGAGAAGGCUGCGCAGCCUUGAACACAGAACCGGGCCCAGAAACAGCAUAACCAAUGGCCGAGGUUACUGUUGCUGAAGUGUCUCCCAUUCUCUUCCAAAGCUAACUCAUCUUGCUAUCGGCACCGUUUAAUGCAUGAUCUUCACUGUGCAACUGAAAUAUAUGGAGUCUGGAAUUUUCUUCAAACCAGGGACUAAUCCUCUUUAAUUUUAUCAAGUCUUAGAGCACAGACUUUCCCACGUCGGAGCGAACUCAGCCCUAGAGCGUAUGCUCAUUCUGUCCUUGCCUCACUUCCCCCAAGACUGUAAGUUUUGGAGAGGAGCCGUUUCUUCGUCAUUCAUCAUUGUAUCCUUCACAGACUGCUCCUUGUAGCCUCUAGUUUGACUGUCAAAACGUGAAAAAACAAAAAAAACCCCUGAUUGCUUUGUCCUGGGAAAUACGAACCCUGCGGAACACACCUGCUUGCAGGGGACAGAGGAUGUGAUGGAGCUGCUUGAAGAAGAUCUCACGUGCCCAAUUUGUUGCAGUCUGUUUGAUGAUCCUCGAGUUUUGCCUUGCUCGCACAACUUCUGCAAAAAAUGCUUAGAAGGCAUCUUAGAGGGGAAUGUGCGGAAUUCAUUGUGGAGACCAUCUCCAUUCAAGUGCCCCACAUGCCGUAAGGAAACUUCAGCUACUGGAGUUAACAGCCUGCAGGUUAAUUACUCCCUGAAGGGUAUUGUGGAAAAGUAUAACAAGAUCAAGAUCUCUCCCAAAAUGCCAGUGUGCAAAGGACACUUGGGGCAGCCUCUCAACAUUUUCUGCCUGACUGAUAUGCAGCUGAUUUGUGGGAUCUGUGCUACUCGUGGUGACCACACCAAGCAUGUCUUCUGUUCUAUUGAAGAUGCCUAUGCUCAAGAAAGGGUUGCCUUUGAGUCUCUCUUCCAGAGCUUUGAGACCUGGCGUCGGGGAGAUGCUCUUUCUCGCCUGGAUACCUUGGAAACUAGUAAGAGGAAAUCCCUACAGUUACUGACUAAAGAUUCAGACAAAGUGAAGGAAUUUUUUGAGAAGUUACAACACACGUUGGAUCAAAAGAAGAAUGAAAUCUUGUCUGACUUUGAGACCAUGAAACUUGCAGUUAUGCAAGCCUAUGACCCAGAGAUUAACAAACUAAACACCAUCUUACAGGAACAACGAAUGGCCUUUAACAUUGCUGAGGCUUUCAAAGACGUGUCAGAACCCAUCAUAUUUCUGCAACAGAUGCAGGAAUUCAGGGAGAAAAUCAAAGUAAUCAAGGAAACUCCCUUACCACCCUCUAAUUUGCCCACGAGUCCUUUAAUGAAGAACUUUGAUACCAGUCAGUGGGAGGACAUAAAACUAGUAGAUGUGGAUAAACUUUCUUUGCCUCAAGACACUAGCACAUUCAUUAGCAAGAUUCCCUGGAGCUUUUAUCAGUUAUUUGUGAUAGUCCUUCUUUUUGGCCUUAUCAUUUUCUUUGGUCCUACUGUAUUUCUAGAAUGGUCUUUAUUUGGUGAAUUGGCAACUUGGAAAGACCGUCUUUCAAACUUCAGUUCCUAUCUGACUAAAUCAGCUGAUUUUAUAGAACAAUCAUUAUUUUAUUGGGAACAGGUGACAGAUGUGUUUUUCAUUUUCAAUGAAAGAAUCAAAAAUUUUACUUUGGUGGUGCUGAACAAUGUGGCAGAAUUUGUGUGCAAAUAUAAACUGUUAUAAAAUCUGUAUGCAGUUCUCCAUCUUUUCUUAGAAAUUGUUAAGAAAACAGUACUAAUUCAGAUUUGGUCAAGAUUUCAGUCAGAUAUUUUCCUCUAAGAGUAUUCCUUUCAAAAAUAACAUCCUAUAUGUGUUGUUCAAAUUAGGUAGCAUAAGAUGAAAGUGAAAUUUAGUAGAACAGUCCUGAGCCCUCUUCCCUUUUUAAAGAGUGCUUUGAAAUAAGCAUCCUCUCUUUAAUACUGUUUGUGUUUGUGCUGUAAUAAAAAUAGGAAGCGAGAGACCACAUGGUCUGAUGUUGUAUUAUGGAGGUAGGUAGUAUAAUAGUGAUUGUUCAUCAAGCAUGCAAUAAAGAUUACUCUUGCAGAGCAACUUUUUUUAUGACAAACAUUUUUUGAAAAAGGAAAGGUGGGUUGAAAAUAUGGAUGAAGUGGAUUUCAAAUAUUUCUAUGGAGGGUUGAUUCCUUUAUCACCAAAAUGUAAAUCUAAACAAAAACUGGCAUUUUCUUAUUGUAAGUUUACAUUUUUAGGAUGUUUGGAGAUUUCAGCCUUCCCUUUUCUCCUUUGUUUUUGUAAAUUUUUCAUUAAAGAUGAUAAACUGCAGAAGUGUUAGGUGGUAGUGCAAUCAAAGAUGUAGAUUAAAAAAAAAAAAAAAAAAACCAACACACAGUAAGA